CACACACCGACACGGCCUGCUGGCCCUGCGCUCCGGGUCAGGAUGAAACCCUCGUCCUCCUCAGAGACGACCGAGAGGACGCAGGAAACGUCCGAAAAACACGCGCCCCAGACGCCCGAGAAAUCCUGCAGCUGUGUCGAGGAUGAAGGCGACAGAGGAAUCCGACGACACGGAUGAAAAUCCUGACCACGCCCCUCCCAAGAAAUGCUCCAAAUCCACGCUCGCGGACUUUCCCUCUGACCGGACGGCUCGCUCCAGGGUCUGGGAAUACUUUGAGUACUUUAUAAACCCGGAAGGCGAGCUGGAGGAUUACGGAUUCCCGACGUGUAAACUGUGCCAGCUGAAGGUGGCGUGUAAGAGAGGAAACACCUCCAACAUGCUGAGACACUUGCAGGAGAACCACACCUUCGCCUACCAACAAGCCAAGAGAGGAGACGCCCUGUGGGUCAACGUGGACUCCUCAGACUCAGACAUGAAGGUGGAUUCGGAGGAGCAGGACCUGGUGUUCUCCUGGUAUGAUGAAGAGAAGCAAAGUGAAGAGGAGAACAACAGCGAUGUGGACUACAGCGCUCAGUGGGUCCCAGCAGCUCCGAGGCGGAAGAGGCGUGUCAGGUCGGCUGUCUGGAGGUACUUCCAUCACGACCAGGACAGAAGACCGAGCUGUAAGAUCUGCGGCUGGAAACUCACUCCAGGAUCUUCAGGCAGCACGAGCAACAUGAGGCAUCAUCUACAGAGCCAGCAUCAGAUCACGUGUCCAAUCAAUAAGUUUGCCGAUCUCGUUAUAACGUUGCCUGAAGGUGUCGAUCCGGUUAAACUGUACCCACCCACAACACCUCGCAAAUCCGCCGUGUGGAAGCUGUUUGGCUUCGUCAGGAACAGCGAGGGCGUGUUGCAAGAGAACGGCUUCCCCAUCUGCAGGCUGUGCCACCAGGUCGUCGCUUCUAAAGACGGAAACACGUCUAACAUGUACAGCCACCUGCAGCACCAUCACCAAGCCGUGUACGCUGAGCUGAAGUUGCAGCACACCAUGGUUCCUGAAGGCGUGGAGCAGACACUGGACGUCCUAAACACCAGAGAGCUCCAUCCUCCUGUAAAGCGCAGACACUCGCCCGUCUGGAAAUAUUUUGGAUUUAUGAGGAACUCUGAGGGCGAUUUGAAGGAGGACGGAUUCCCGCUGUGUAAAAUGUGCCAUCGGAGAGUGGCGGCUAAAGACGGAAACACAUCCAACAUGCUGAACCACCUGCGGCGCCACCACCAGGCCGAGUAUGAAGAAGUGAAGCUGGAAAAUGACACGCUGCCAAGGAGUCACUCAGAGGAUGGAAAUGACCUGCCUGAGCUGUUUCCCCCCAGCAUUCUGCCCCUGUCCCCCGUCUGGGAUUACUUCGGCUACCUGAAAAACGCAGACGGCUUGAUCGAAGAUAACGAACGGCCCAAGUGUAAAACCUGCCGCCAGUCCAUCGUCUCCAAGCAGGGCAUUUUAUCCAACAUGCUACGCCACCUGAAGUUCUACCACGACUCUUUAUUCGAGGAGCUGAAGUCCAGAACCGGAUGGAGAAAGUACAGACCUAAUAAGAAGAAAAGCAGAGUCCUGCCCAUUCAGGCCAACCCAGACGAGUUGUUCCCGCCCAAAAUGACUCUGAAAUCGGGCGUCUGGAAACAUUUUGGGUAUCUGAGGAACUCUAAGGGUGUGGUCGUCCCAGACGGGUUCCCCAUCUGUAAACUGUGCCUGAGGAAGGUCAGCACGCCGAAGGGAUGCACCACCAACAUGAUGGUCCAUCUCCAGAGAUACCACCCCAACGAAUUCACAGAAAUGAGGUUGAGCGGAGACAAUAAUGACGAGCAGAGCGGAGACCUGGACUCACAGUUGGAGCUUUGGCCUCCGGGGGACAUCCUCGAGCCCGUGUGGGAGCAUUUCGGAUACCCGAAAGACACGGACGGAUCGGUCCAGGUGGACGGGCAGCCGACGUGUAAACUCUGCCGCUUUAAAGUGUCCUGUCCGGGGCAGAGCACCAAAUUCCUGUACAAGCAUCUGUGGAAGAAACACAGCGCUGUGUACUUCGACAUCAAGGUGGCCACCAGUUCCUUGAGGCAAGAAGAUGGACAGGUGGCCCCGGCCCUUUUCCCACCAACGCACCGGGUGAAAUCGGCCGUGUGGGAACAUUUCGGCUACCCGAAAGACCCUGAGGGGAUCGUGGUCUGUGACGGAUUCCCUACUUGCAAACUCUGCUACCUGAACGUGUCGGCUAAAGGAGGAAACACCACCAAUAUGUUCAAACAUCUCAAAGAUCAUCAUAGGUCCAUCUUUGAUGCAAUCAGGCCGUCUGGUCCUGAGGAACUUGUUCAAGACCACAGUUCUUCGAAUCUCUACACUCCAGAAGGACAAAAUUCCAAUUUAUGGGAAUAUUUCGGAUACCUGAAAAAUCCAGACGGCACACUGGAAGAAGACGGAGCUCCAGCUUGUAAGAUUUGUGGGCUGAAGGUGACGUCGGAGGGAGAGUCUAUGUCCCAAAUGGUGAAACAUCUUCAGGAGAAUCAUGAAGAAGUGUAUGCUGAAGUACAGGAAGCUCUUAAUAACCAGAGGAAGGAAAAUGCUUCAGAGCUUCCAGAGCUUCAUCCACCCACACAGAGCACCUAUCCAGUGUGGGAAUAUUUCGGGUUCCAGAAAGAUGCAGAAGGAUGUGUGGUGUUUGACGGCUUUCCUGUCUGCAAAAUAUGUCGCCAAAGAGUUGAGUCUAAAGAUGGAGACACCACGAGCAUGUUCUACCACCUGAAGUCCAAUCAUCGGAACUUGUACCUGCAGAUCAAGCCGGUGGUGGAGAAACGGGUCUACAAGGCGUUCGAGCUGUGUCCACCAAACAGCCGCCAGCUCGACCACAGACUAUGGGAUCACUUCGGAUAUCCUAAAAAUGCAGAGGGCAAAGUCGAAGAAGACGGAGCUCCGGUGUGUAAAAUCUGCCUUCAGAAGCUCACGGUAUCCUCCAGAGGCACCAAACUCACCACCAGCAUGCUGAGGCACCUCCGGAGAAACCACCAGGCUGUUUACGAGGAGGUUCAGGAGGAGAUCGGAGCCUGGAGACCCGAGUGUAAUAACGAACCCCUCGAGCUCCACCCGCCCACGCAGAACGUCACGUCCUCCGUAUGGGAGCAUUUCGGCUACCUGAAGGAUGCAGAGGGGACGGUGGUGUGCGACGGCUUCCCAAUCUGCAAAAUCUGCCACCAGAAGGUGCCUUCUAAAGGCGGAAACACCACCAACAUGUUCAAACACCUCAAAGACUCUCACCGGAGCGUCUACAGCGAAAUCGGUUCCGCAGUGACUAACGAGGUGUUUGAAGACGUACAGUCGGCCGCAGACCUCCACCUGCCCCCCAGCCCGUGUGAUCCCGCGCUCUGGGAACAUUUCGGAUACCGCAAAAGUGCAGACGGAGUGGUGGAAGAGGACGGAGCUCCGUUCUGCAAACUCUGCCUCAGGAAGCUAGUGUCCAGAGGAGAGACCACGAGAAACAUGAAGCAGCAUCUUAAAGAGAACCACAACACUGUGUACACCGAACCUGAGCAGGAAGUACUGAGCUGUUUUGUCUUGGAGCUGGACACAGCCACUGCGGACCUUCAUCCUCCCACGCGGAAGGUGAAAUCAGCUGUGUGGAAGUUUUUCGGUUACCCGAGAGAUUCAGGAGGGUUGGUGCUGAGCGACGGCUUUCCUAUCUGCAAACUCUGCCAAAAGAAAGUGUCUGCUAAAGGAGGGAACACCACCAACAUGUUCACACACCUCCGAGACUAUCACCGGGCGACGUAUAAUGAGAUCAAGUCAGGGUUCGAUCCGUUGAGGACGGAGAACGAGCAGGAAUCGGUGGAGCUUCAUCUUCCCACUACGGACGCCCUGUCCCCGGUUUGGAAAUAUUUCGGGUACCCGAAAAACGCAGACGGUUCUCUGGUGAGUGACGGCUUUCCUCUGUGCAGACUGUGCCGGCUGAAAGUGGUGGCUAAAGGAGGAAGCACCACAAACAUGCUUGUUCACCUGAGGGCCUAUCACCUGGAGGUGUACGAGGAGGUCAAACCGGUCCUCACGAAAAAGUCCAUCUACAAACCCAUCGAUCUCUAUCCCCCGAGCGGCCAAGACGACAUCAAGCUAUGGGAUCACUUUGGGUAUCAGAAAGGUGCCGACGGAGAGCUGAAGGACGACGGAGCUCCAAUCUGUAAAAUCUGCCUUCGCAAAAUGAUCAAACCCCCAGCGGGUGGGACGCCAACCACCAACAUGCUGAGGCACCUCCGGAAAAAACACCAGUCUGUGUAUAGCGAAGUGCAGGAAGCGAUCACUACACUCAGAACAGCGUGGGGUAUCGAACCCCCGGAGCUCCACCCACCGACUCAGAACGUCACGUCUGCAGUGUGGCAGUAUUUCGGCUACCUGAAAGACGCAGGCGGCUCGGUCGUGUGUGACGACUUCCCCAUCUGCAAACUGUGUCAACAGAAGGUGGCUUCCAAACGACGCUGCACCACCAACAUGUUCAAGCAUCUGAAGGAUUACCACCGGAGCGUGUACGACGAGGUCCGGAGCGCGGUGACGAGCGAGACGUUUGAGGAGACCUUCCAGUCGGCUGACCUCCAUCCUCCCAGUGGUCCUCACAACCCCAAACUGUGGGAGUAUUUCGGGUAUCGUAAAACUCCAGACGGGAACCCGGACGAAGACGGAGCGCCGAUCUGUAAACUCUGCCUCCGGAAGCUGAUCUCGAAAGGAGAAACCACGACGAAUAUGAUGCAGCACCUUAAAGAGAACCACAACACGGUCUACACUGAAGUACAGAGGGAAGUGAACCCGUUCACCAUCGGAGGAGCCACCAAGCUCCCCGAACUCUAUCCUCCUGAACACAGAGUGAGGUCCGGAGUCUGGAAGCACUUCGGAUACCUGAAGGACACAGAGGGUCCGGCUGAGUGCGCAGGAUUCCCCAUCUGCAAGAUCUGUCUCUCCAAAGUGUCCAAUAAGGGGAAGGUCACGGCCAACAUGACCGCACAUCUUAAAGAUCAUCACAGGAGCAUCUACGACGACCUGAAGAUUCCAGACAGAAAGUCCAAAACCGUUUCAGCUGAAAAUCGCCCAGAACUUUUCCCACCAUCCAAACAGCCCCUGUCUCCAGUCUGGGAACAUUUCGGACUUCCUAAAAAUGAGGACGGAGUCGUAGAAGAGGACGGAAACCCGAUCUGCCGAAUCUGCUGCAAAAAAGUCUCGAGCCAAGACGGGAGGAAGAUGAUCCGACAUCUGCAUUUCUGCCAUUUCUCUGUAUACGAGAAGUUAAAGAACACGAUUAAAGCGUCAAAGUUGGGCGUGGACGCAGUAGGCCAACCCACCGAACUCCACCCUCCGUCCCAGAGCGUCCGCUCCUCCGUCUGGGAACAUUUCGGAUACCUCAAGAACCCGGACGGAACCAUUAACGUGGACGGACGUCCGAUCUGCAAGACGUGCUUCCAAAAGGUGUCCAGCCACGGAGGAAACACCACCAACAUGUUCAAGCACCUGGCGGACAAACACGGGCUCAGUCAGUAAUCACACAGACGAUUGGGUGACCUGUGUCGAGGAGGGGAGGGGCCAUGGGAAGGGGGAGGGGCUAGACCACUUUUUUUUUAUUGGCAUGCAUGUAAAGCUCAUGGAGCAACCCUCUGGAGGAUUUGUGCAAAUGCUGACAUCCUCGUGCCUCAUUUCAAAUCACUCUUACCUCGUAAUCACACCCAAACUUAUAAACCACUCGAGUCAGUUCAGAUCAUCUUCUGUAUGGAUCUACACGAGGUAGCAUUACCACUGUGAGCUAAAAUGGGAAAAAGACUAGAUUUUCAGUCACGUUUCAGUGAAUCAGCACGUAGUCCCUUCUUCUUCUCAGCAGCUUAUUGACCCAGGACGCUUCUGAGUACGUGGAUGUUGUGGACCAUAAUGAAGCUUUUUGAGGUUCAGCUUUAGACACACCUAAAGCAAACACACCUACUGUAGCAGAACAUCAUCGUGGAGGACUUUGAGGAUGGAAAUGAAUUGCAGUGUAACGACUUCGUUUUAAAAAAAUCCUAAUAAAUGGUAUGUUGAAAUGGAGAGGAGAAAUCUCUCGAGCGAGAUCUGCAGGUUUACACAAAUAAAUCAGACGUGAGACAAAACUGA